AUGGACAACUCAUUGGAUGCUCUCCAUGCUUCCCAGCUCUUCUCCGUCAAGGACCUCGUCGCUGUGAUUUCCGGCGGUGGCUCCGGCAUCGGUCGCGUCAUUGCCCAUGCCCUCGCCGCCAACGGCGCAAAGCACGUCUACAUUCUCGGCCGCCGCAUGGAUGUUCUCGAGGAAGCGGCCUCGGGAUUCGACAACAUGACUCCCAUUAUCUGCGACGUGACGGAUAAGGACAUGCUUCAGGCCGCAGCAGACCAGGUCUGGGCCAACAGCGGCUACAUCAACAUGCUCUGGUGCAACUCGGGCACAUCUGGCCCCGAAUGCGCCGACAUCAACGCCACAACAUCUCUUGAUGACUUUGUCAAGCAUAACUGGGCGCCUUCAGUGGAAGAUUACAGCUCCACGUUCAAGGUCAACACGGCGGGAAGCUGGUACACGGCCAUUGCCUUUCUGCGCCUGCUCAACGAGGGUAACAAGCAGACAGCCUACCGCAGCCAGAUUGUCGCGACAUGCAGUACAUUGGGUUUCGGUAGAUUUGCUGCCACGGGCCGUUUUGCAUAUGGUCAGAGUAAGGCGUCGCAGAUGCAUUUGAUGAAACAGUUGGGCACGCAUCUGGUGCCGUACGGAAUCCGUGUCAACAUGGUGGCCCCUGGAUUGUUUCCUACAGACAUGACCACCUCCAUGACUUCCACAGGCUACGACGUCUCGAAGCUGAUUCCCGAGGGCCGCGCUGGCGCGGCGUCGGAUAUUGCUGGCCUGGCGCUCUUUUUGGCUAGCAAGGCUGGAGCCUACUUGAAUGGUAAUGUCUUGGUCUGCGAUGGUGGCCGCCUGUGUGUUGUGCCAUCAACAUAUUAG